GCAGCCUAGGAGCGGACGCGUUGCCGCCGCCGCCGCUCCACCUCCUCCUCCAGCAGCUCCUCUCGCUGCUGCCGCCGCCACUGCCGCCGCCGGGAGAAGUUUCACUCCCGACCCUCGUUCGGAGCCCGGACCUAGAGCCGAGCGGGGGAGCGCGGCCGGCAGCGGCAACCCGCAGUGGGCCAGGCGCCCGGAGCGCCCCGACCGUGAGCCGGCGUCGGCGCCUCGGCGGCGGGCAGCGGCCCGGGCUGGGGGCGCUGAGGCGGAGGAGGGGCGGGUGUGAGCCGCGGGACCCGCGCGCAGCGCCGCAGCCACUCAGCUAGCGUCCGCGCCGGGGGCAGUCGCGAUGGCCGUGCGCUCCCGCCGCCCGUGGAUGAGCGUGGCACUGGGGCUGGUGCUGGGCUUCACCGCCGCGUCCUGGCUCAUCGCCCCCAGAGUGGCCGAGCUGAGCGAGAGGAAGAGACGCGGCUCCAGCCUCUGCUCCUACUACGGCCGCUCGGCCGCUGGCCCCGGCGCUGGCGCGCAGCGGCCGCUCCCCCAACCUCAGCCCCGGCCGCGGCUGGAGCAGUCGCCGCCCCCCGCGCGCCAGGAGCUUCAGGGGCCGCCGCUGCCACAGGCAGCGCCUGGAGCAACCAGUUUUCGGAGCAGCCCCUGGCAACAGCCACCUCCGCUGCAGCAGCGGCGGCGAGGACGCGAGCCCGAAGGCGCAACGGGGCUGCCAGGCGCCCCCGGGGCCGAAGGGGAACCCGAGGAGGAGGACGGGGGCGCGGCUGGGCAGCGGAGAAGCGGCCGGCCGGGGAGUAGCCACAACGGCAGCGGGGACGGGGGCGCUGCCGCCCCGAGCUCCCGACCCCGGGAUUUCCUGUAUGUGGGAGUGAUGACCGCGCAGAAGUACCUGGGCAGCCGCGCGCUAGCGGCGCAGCGGACCUGGGCGCGCUUCAUCCCCGGCCGCGUGGAGUUUUUUUCCAGUGAGCAGCCCCCCAACGCCGGAAUGAGCCAGCCCCCGCCACCCCUGCCUGUCAUCGCGCUACCGGGGGUGGACGACUCCUACCCUCCCCAGAAAAAGUCCUUCAUGAUGAUCAAGUACAUGCACGACCACUACCUGGACAAGUAUGAGUGGUUUAUGCGCGCCGACGACGAUGUCUACAUCAAAGGUGAUAAGUUAGAAGAGUUUCUUCGAUCACUCAAUAGCAGCAAGCCUCUCUACCUGGGCCAGACUGGCCUGGGGAACAUUGAAGAACUUGGAAAAUUGGGGCUGGAGCCUGGAGAGAACUUCUGUAUGGGAGGACCUGGCAUGAUCUUCAGUCGAGAGGUUCUCAGGAGGAUGGUGCCACAUAUUGGUGAAUGCCUCAGAGAAAUGUACACGACUCAUGAGGACGUGGAAGUAGGACGAUGUGUUCGACGCUUUGGUGGAACUCAGUGCGUCUGGUCUUACGAGAUGCAACAACUGUUCCAUGAAAAUUACGAACAUAAUCGGAAGGGUUAUAUCCAGGACCUUCACAACAGCAAAAUCCAUGCAGCCAUAACACUGCAUCCCAACAAAAGGCCUGCCUACCAAUACAGGCUUCACAAUUACAUGCUCAGCCGCAAAAUUUCUGAACUUCGCUACCGCACCAUCCAGCUCCACCGGGAGAGUGCUCUGAUGAGCAAGCUCAGUAACAGUGAAGUGAGUAAAGAGGACCAGCAGCUGGGAGUGAUGCCUUCUUUCAACCACUUCCAGCCUCGGGAGAGAGAUGAAGUGAUAGAAUGGGAGUUCCUGACAGGGAAGCUCCUUUACUCAGCAUCUGAGAACCAGCCUCCUCGACAGAGCAUCAACAGCAUCCUAAGAACAGCACUGGAUGACACAGUCCUACAGGUGAUGGAGAUGAUCAAUGAAAAUGCCAAAAGUAGGGGACGGCUCAUUGACUUCAAGGAAAUUCAGUAUGGCUACCGCAGGGUUGAUCCCAUGCAUGGGGUGGAGUACAUUUUGGAUUUACUCCUCUUAUAUAAAAGACACAAGGGGAGGAAACUGACUGUGCCAGUGAGACGUCAUGCCUAUCUUCAGCAGUUGUUCAGCAAGCCUUUCUUUAGAGAAACUGAAGAGCUAGAUGUCAACAGGCUUGUUGAGAGCAUUAACAGUGACACUCAGUCAUUCUCCUUUAUAUCUAAUUCUUUAAAGAUACUAUCUUCUUUUCAAGGUGCCAAAGACAUGGGAGGGCACAAUGAAAAGAAAAUACACAUUCUUGUUCCUCUCAUUGGAAGGUAUGACAUUUUCUUGCGAUUCAUGGACAACUUUGAAAAAACUUGUCUUAUUCCAAAGCAGAAUGUAAAGCUGGUCAUCACCCUUUUCAGUAGGGAUUCUGGCCAAGAUUCCAACAAGCAUAUUGAGCUGAUCAAGGAAUAUCAGAAUAAGUACCCUAAAGCAGAAAUGACCCUGAUCCCAAUGAAGGGAGAGUUUUCCAGAGGUCUUGGUCUUGAAAUGGCUUCUUCCCAGUUUGACAAUGAUACUUUGCUGCUAUUUUGUGACGUUGACUUGAUCUUCAGAGGAGACUUUCUCCAACGAUGUAGGGACAAUACAAUUCAGGGACAACAGGUGUACUACCCCAUCAUCUUUAGCCAGUAUGACCCAAAGGUAACCAAUGGGGGAAAUCCUCCCACUGAUGAUGACUUUGUCUUCUCAAAGAAGACUGGAUUUUGGAGAGACUAUGGCUAUGGAAUUACCUGUAUUUAUAAAAGUGAUCUGCUGGGUGCAGGUGGAUUUGAUACCUCAAUACAAGGCUGGGGACUGGAAGAUGUAGAUCUCUACAAUAAAGUCAUUCUAUCUGGCUUAAGGCCCUUCAGAAGCCAAGAAGUAGGAGUGGUGCAUAUUUUCCAUCCAGUCCAUUGUGACCCUAACUUGGACCCUAAGCAGUAUAAGAUGUGUUUAGGAUCCAAGGCAAGUACUUUUGCCUCGACCAUGCAACUGGCUGAACUCUGGUUGGAAAAACAUUUGGGUGUCAGGUAUAAUCGAACUCUCUCCUGACAGUCCAGGCAACACAUAUUGCCUUUUUAAAGGGGAGUUUACCUCAUUGUUGGUUGUUGUUAUUUUUAUUUUAUUAUUGUUAUUUUUAUUAUUAUAAUUAUUAUUGUUAUAAUUUUAUUUUGUUAUCCUGGUCUUAAACUACUCUUGGUUAUCUUCCAAAGAGUGUUUGUUGACCUCAAGCAAGAAGAGUCUGCAGUUCACUGAUAUUUCAGAUUUCUACUGAAGUCAAUUAUGUAUUACUUUUAUAUAUCUUUAUUCGAGAUUGAGUUAAAUCGUGGCAAUCAAAUGACUUUUGAAGCUCAUUCAUCGUGAGAGACAGCUUAGAAGAAUGUUCUCUUGGGGCUUAAAGAUGCAAUAUCGACUUUUAUUUCGUUUGUUAAAUUCAAUGUGAUACAAAUAUUUACUGGUGAAAGGUACCACAAAAGUGCUUUAUGCUUCCUAUGGGGAAGGGACUCUGUAACAUAAACUUGAGUUUUGUAAUUUAUACAAGGACUUAAAAAUAUAGACAAUAAUUUUCUUCAUCUUUAGAAUUUUUAAAGUAAAUGAACACUUAUGAUUGUAUGUUUAUUUUUUAAAAAAAGUUUUAAAAAUUGAGGAGUUUUGUUCCACAAGCAACCGGUACGGGCUACCCUGGUCUUCUGACAAUUAUGUACUCCUCACAACUGUCUGCUAUAAAUGCGAAUGAACUUUAUUUUCUCAAGGAAAUAUGAUUUAAUUAAAUAUUCAUGUACAUUUUAGAAGCUUUAUGAAACGAUGUCCUUCAUUUGCUGGCAAGAAGAUAAACUAUGACAGAACCUGGUUAUUUAUAAUAAAACACAGGUAUAACAAUAGUCUUUUUCAAAAACA